UCAAGGCGCUUGGGGAGUGUGGGCUGCGGAUCCACAGACACACGUACACGAGUUUUUCCCCGGUAAACAUGCUCCCGUGAGGCUUCUCCAAUGCACCUUCGCGUUUCUCUCUUAUUUCAAAGAGGUUUUAAGUGGAGAUGUCUGGACUUAUUUUACUGCAUGGACUGAUUUUCUUCUGCUCAACAAUUCACCCGCUUGUGUUCGCCGAGAAACCGGAUGAUGGUUGUGGUCAUUAUGUCCUGGGCCAAGAGAGUGGUGUCCUGUCCUCCAAGAACUACCCAGGAACUUACCCCAACAACUCCUGGUGUGAAUGGCGGAUCCGUGUACCCAUCGGCCUCACAAUCAUCCUCAAGUUUGGAGACCUGAACAUAGAGAAAAAGGACUGUGAGACGGACUAUUUAAAGGUUAUGAAAGGAUCCUAUGAAGCGGACAAUGUAUUCUGGGAGUACUGUGGUGGUCCAAUGCCCGAGCCUACCCAGAUAAACACCGACUUCAGUGAACUAACCGUCCGCUUCCGUAGCAGCCAGCACAUCUCUGGUAGAGGAUUCCUGCUCUCGUACUCCACCGAAAACCACAAAGAGCUGCUGACAUGCUUGGACAGAGGCAGUCAUUUCCCAGCUUCAAAGUACAGGAAGUACUGUCCAGCUGGAUGCGCCGCAGUGACGGGAGACGUGUCUGGAGACAUUUCUCUUGGCUACAGACAUACAUCAGUUCUGUGUAAAGCAGCGGUGCAUGCAGGAGUCAUUAUGGACCAGUUUGGAGGACCAGUCACAGUGGAGGAGCGCAAAGGGCUCAGUCACUACCCGUCUGUCAGAGCAAAUGGUAUCCAGUCUAAAGAUGGCUCCUUGUCUGAAACCCUCUUCAUGUUUGUUACAAACGAUUGUAGUAGACAAACUGUUCUUCAGCCAGUUGGCACCAAUACAAGCUCAUCAUGGCACAAUAUCAGCUCUGAUGGUUCCGAAGUCCAAUGGAUUCCCAACAGCACCCUACCAGCCAUCCUUGAGGACCCCUGGGCUGCUGACGUUAAUAACCAUCCUCAGUGGCUUCAGAUCGACCUCGGAGAGAAGAGGAGGAUCACAGGUAUAGUGACAUCAGGCUUAACUACUGGAGGCUUUGAAUAUUUUGUGAAAAGCUACAAGGUCGAGUACAAAGAGAGGAAUCGCUGGCGGACAUUUUUCCAGUACAAUAGAUCUGAAGAUAUGAUUUUUGAAGGCAAUACAGACAGCUUCCACCAAACACGCAACACCUUCCAUCCCUCCAUUGUAGCACGAAGUCUUCGUGUUGUACCUCAACACUGGCACCGAAUAAUUGCCAUGAGAGUGCAGUUACUGGGCUGCCCUUAUGUUAAACCUGUCCCAGUAAAUGCAUCUUCUCAGGUAACGCAAGAGGCCCUGCCUACACCGACCAUUCACAAUGAUAUGACAAAGCCAGUGGCCUCCCAGGCUGAUCUCGUUAAUCUGUUGGUAAUAAUUGUGCCCACUGUUUUGCUUGUGGUUUUGCUCCUGGUUGGAGUCUGUGUGGUUAAAAUGCUGUACAAUAAGAAGACAAAAGGAAACACGUAUGACUCUGCAGAUACAAAUCAUACAGGCUGUUGGAGACAGAUAAAACAGCCCUUUGCCAGACACCAGUCCACAGAGUUCAUAAUUAAAUACAGCUCUGAGAAAGACCCCAUCCAGAAACUGGAUCUGGUAACAAGUGCAAUGGCAGCCGAGUACCAGCAACCACUAAUGCUCGGCACGGACACAGUGUCUAGAAAAGGCUCGACAUUUAGGCCGAUGGACACUGAUGCCAAACACAAGGACAAUGAUGCUACCUCUCACUAUGAUCACCUGCAGACGGGGAUCCAGUACGCCCUCCCACUGACCAAUCAGGAGCCAGAGUAUGCAACACCCAUCAUCGAGCGCCACGCCUUCCGCAAAGAUCCCUUCCUCCCAGAUCCCAGCUACAGCGUUCCAGGUGUGGUACUAAACAAAAGCCCGUCUUUUCGAGCGGUGGAGGGCAGUAACUGUAGGAAAGUUGUGGGAGGGCUGGCUGGGGGUUACCAGACACCCCAAGUCAAAAGAGACAGAGGAAAUCACAAAGAGGACAUCUACGACAGCCCUAAAAUCCAGAAGCCUGUCAUGCAGAAUGGUGGUUGUCCAGAGUACAAGAGGCCCCAGAUAAAAGCCCCAGUGCAGGAGUGCUAUUCAACUCCAAGAGACUGCGUCAGGUUGCCACUCUCUGGACCCAGACCGGACCCAGAGGGCAGCAGCUCGGACGGAAGCUGAGCAGAACCGUACUGUGAUUUGCCUGAUUUACCUGAUUCAACGAAAUCACCUCAGGACUCCUCUGUUAACUUAUUUGUGUGUUAGGGGAGAACACAUUGUUUUGUACCUUUUGCAGUAAAGAAAGACAGCAGGGGGCUUUUUUUAAAGGAAUAUUCCGGGUUCAAUACAAGUUAAGCUCAGUUGACAGCAUUUGUGGCAUAAUGUUGAUAACCACAAAAAAUAAUUUCGACUAAAAAAAGAAAAAAGAGGAAAAGUUGCUGUUACAAUAAGGCACUUACAAUGAAAGUGAAUGGGACCAGUUUAAAGUACUACUUUAAAAAGUACAGCCACGGAGGACUGGGUAGCUCAGUAGUAAAGACGCUGGCUACCACCCCUGGAGUUCGCUAGUUCGAAUCCCAGGGUGUGCUGAGUGACUCCAGCCAGGUCUCCUAAGCAACCAAAUUGGCCCGGUUGCUAGAGAGGGUAAAGUCACAUGGGGUAACCUCCUCUUGAUCGCUAUAAUAUGGUUCGUUCUCGGUGGGGCGCGUGGUGAGUUGAGCGUGGAUGCCGCAGUGGAUGGUGUGAAGCCUCCACACGCGCUGUGUCUCCGAUUUUGAAGUUAAUGGACUGGCCCCAUUGACUUUCAUUUUAAAUGCCUUACUAUGACCAUAUGUUUUGCCUUUUUUUUUUUUUUGGUAAUCAACAUUAUGCCACAAAUGCUGUCUAUUAACUUGUAUUGAACCUGGAACAUUCCUUUAAGCAUCACUUUCUCUGUGCAAAAUAACAGAUGCUGUUUAUGUAUUUAAAUGUUUUGUAUAUAUGAUGAACUCAAAGAAUGUUUGAUUUUAUUUUUAUUCUUCUUCUUGGUUUUAUUCUGAGGGAGCAUUUUUAUUUAAAAUCGAAUGCUUUGCCUGGAGGAGAGAACAAUAUGCAGACAUUCAAGCUUUUCGUCCCCUACUCUUGAGACAAACUGUGAAUGCGAGCCAGGUUUUCCUAUAUUUUACAAUGAGACCGCUGUCUCUAUGUUCUCAGAUUCUGCUCUGAAUGUCCAGAAAUGUCAAUAGAUUAAGAUCCAUUUGCAGAAAACAAGAAUGUCUUCCAGAAGCCUUUAUGAAGCAGAUCUCCCUCUCCCCUGAUGCAUUUCAGUAGAUGUUUGAUACUUUUAUGGUUGGAGGAACUCAAUUUCCUGUGCAGUUACACUUCUGUGCCUCUCCUAAAAGAUGACGGGCAGCAUCCUCAAUAAAACAUUUUCGUUUGAAAACACGACUCUUUUUCUUUGAAAACAUUUUGUCAAGAACAGUGUUUUCCUCCACCAAAAACUUUUCAGAAAACGCUCUUAAUUACCGCAAACUUUAAUAAAUGUUGCCGAAGGAAACUGAAAACUGAGUUUUUAAUCGAUAAAGGAUUAGUGUGGACGUUUAAGUCUGAAACCUCUAUUUUCAGUUUUCUGAUGUCAUCAUUUUCCAAAGGAAAGGUUAAAAAGAGGGUUUUCGAAAGUCUCUGUUUUUGGUGAAGGACAACACUGUUUCAGUGUGGAUAAGGGGUCGUAAAUGUAGAAAAAUCUAUGUGUUUUAAACUAAAAUGGAUAAAGUGGAUGUGACCUAAUCUGUUAAAGUCAUACACCUAAUUUCUCGGUUUCCUAACGUCAUCGUCUUCCAAAGGAGUGGUUAUGAAGAGGGUUUUCGAAAGUCUCUGUUUUUGGUGAAGGACAAUGCUGUUCAAGUGUGGAUAAGAGAUCAUAAACAUAGCAAAAUAAAUGUGUUUUCAAAUGAAAACAGAUUAGUGCAGAUGUGGCCUUAAGAGAAUCCAUGUGCCACCACAGUCGGUGUUUGCUGUAUCUCGGCACUAAUCAAAACGAACAGGAAAUGGGUGAAAAUGUUUCACGUUGCCUAACACUGUAUCUAACACUGUAAGCAAGCAUUGCAACAUGACAACUAUACUUUAAUGGGCCAUUGAGACUGAACACGCUCUUGCUCUAUAAAAUAAAAAGUAAGUAGACUGAACGCAGGUGACCUGAGACAUGGUUUUUAACUUGACAUGGCCUCUAAAAACACUGAUUCGCUGGAACAGUCAAAGAUGUCCAUCUAGCGCAUUUAAAUAGAAAAACUAUCGAAAAACAGCACAGACAGACGCAAAGGAAUGUUGGCCGCUUGCUGUGUAGACAGUUUUGUUGAUAUAAAAUGGAAGCUUUCUAGUUUUGUCCUAUUUGCAACUCUCCAGUUUAGAUUGGGGUAAGGGUUUUAUGUUUACCUUAGAUUCUGCUGUAUAGGCAAUGUCGUCCCUUGAUUCACUGUUUUGAACAACCUGUUCAAAUUGACAAUUAAGUUACUACAAGCAAUACUAAACUGAAAUUGAUUAUUUGGUCCUAUUUCAUUAUUUUUUUAUUAUUGUGUAUGGGAAUAUACCAAUGUACAGUUUUGAAAUGUAAAUUUGGUUAAAAAGCAAGACAAAAGAAACGUUACUUUGUGGUGUUGACGAUUAUUUAAAGCAUCCUAAAGAUCUGUGAGUUUGCUGCUGUAUUUAGGGGACAAUCCCUGUUAAAGAUUACUGACUGGUCUUAAUUUCUAUGAAAUAUUGUGGGGAUUUGCUUGGUGGACUGAUGGUUAAUAUUUGAUAUGCCCAUGCUUUUGUGUUGAAGUGCUGUGCCACUGAGAAUCUCAGUGCUGUGUUUAUGCUUGUCUUAACCCUGAUUAAAAUACAAGCAGUUGAA